AAAAUAUUAAACUGAGUUGAAAAUUGAAAGCGAAGCUGAAAAGUAACCAGACGGAGACGAACCAAUUCAAUUACACUUAUUUUGUUUUACUUGCGAUACUUGUGAUAUUUUUAUUUUUAAAAUAUUUCGGUGUCAAUUAAUUUGUUGUGUUUUCUUUUGAUAUCUACGACUGCGAUCACGCCUAAGCGCCCUUAAAAUUUCUAAUUAUAAUUAUAGAACUUUACCAUCUCCUGCUUCUUGGCUUGUGAUUUGUUUCUUUUUGUGUUGGAUUUGAAUUGGAACUGCUUCGGGUUCGGGUAGGAUACCAGUUUCCCUUCUGUUGCAUUAUUUGUCUGGUUGGUAAUUAGAUUUAAAAAAAAAACUCCAAGCUGCAGCUGGUAUUCUCUAGUGAGGCGAUAAAAUAAUCACGAAAAAGGGAGACUAUUUUUGGUUUUUAUCUCAAAAUUAAUUUUCUCAAAGUUUUAAUGUGAAAAAAAAUAAGGAAUUUUCAAUUUCAAAAAAAGGAAAUCAUAAUUCAAAUAUCCCGUAAACUCGUAAAAAAAAAACAUUAAAAUUGGUGACAAAGCGGCAGUGGAUAUAUUUUAAUAGUACAUACCUACCGUUAUAUAGAACAAAAAAAAAAAUAUUUUUGAGUGCAUCAACUUGAUUGUCCAUAUUUGCUUUACUUAGUAAAUACAAUACUUUGCCGCAUUGCUUCAAGCUUCGAAUCGAACUAACGGCCAAAUAUGCAACAUACUGCAUUGCGAAAAAAUCUAACGGAGUCGCCAUAUACAGUCCAAAUAAUGGAAGCAAGAGACGAACCUGGAAUGCAUUCGCUAAUAAAUGAUAAACCAACAACAAACAAAAUAAUAAACCAAAUGACGAAAAACGAAGUGGUGUUGUCGCCGCCAACACAAAUGGCGCAUGACCUUAAUGAGCCAAAAAAUUCAGAAAAAAUCAGCAAUCUGACGACGACGGCAGCGACAACAACGACAAUAAAUACAAAUUCAAACAGAAUGCCUGAGAGUGAUGACGGUGUCGAUGCUAUCGACUGUGCCAUUGCUGUGCAAAAAAAUAAUCACCAUGAACUUAUUCCCGCACCAAACGGAUCACAAGCAUCAAGUUAUGAGAACGGCUGCCUACAGCAGUCGUCGACACCUACUUCGGCUUACCACAAAGAUGGACACUACUUCCUCAAGCUUUUACAGAGUGAAAAAUCACGUUUGCUUACUAUGGCCGACCAAGCAGAGCGUGACAUGUGCGCCUUAACAAUUGCGAGUACAAACAAUGAGAUCUCGGAUGAAGUGUUUGGCAUCCUACGUGCGGUCUCGGGUAAAACAAAGCUUUUGGUAACACAGAAGUUUAAGCAAUUCGAAGGUUUAUGUCAUAGUAACUUGAAUCCCACACCCGAUGAAAAAUUCCCAACAACCAUUGCUGACUUAUUGGGUUUCUGGGACAUGGUAAAUCUUCAGAUUGAGCACAUUGAUUCUUUGUUCAAAGAACUUGACCUUAUCAAAGCCAAUAAUUGGCAACCUACCAAAGAUCCCGCUUCCCCUUUUGUGCCAACUGGGUCAAGGCUCUUAAAAAAAUCAACUCUUAAGAAUGCCAACAAUAACAACAACAAUAACAACAUUACUCCAAACAAAAUAUCCCCGAAUGCCUUGCUUAUGGCCCAGAAACGUGACACACAACGCAAGCAAUUACUUGAACUGAAACGAAAAAAUAAGAACGCAGCCACAGAUAAGGGAAUUGUUUCCAGUCCCAUCGAGAUUUUCGUCAGUGAAAAUUCACUUUGAUAAUAAUUAAACACAUGCCACACCACACAUGCACCGCGAAGUACUUUAAGUAGAGGCUGGCACUUGAAACUGAUAUUACUCAUAAACGUUUUUUUUUAUUUUUAUUAUUAUUACUUUUUAAACAAGACAAGAUAUUAACCUAGUUUACAACUGCAUGUUUUAUUUCGAAAUAUUUUUUAACUGUUUAAAUUUCACACUAUAAAUACAAACAAUUAUAUUCUAGUUCUGGGUUGAGUUGAGAAAAAAAGAACAAAUUUGUAUAUUUUCACUGAAGCAAGACUGUUUUUCUUCUUAUUUUUGUGUACAAAUUAUAUUAAAUUUUAUUUAACCACAAAUUUGGCCUUAAAAUCAACUAUAAGUGUUUAUACGCCAAAUCGUAAAUGAUGAGUGUCAAUUUAUUUUUGGUAACAAAUGUUUCAAUGACGGUAUUAAAUCAUUAAAAGCAAAAACAAGCAAUUCAAAGACUUAAACAUUACAAUUAACAUUUUUGAUAUUAAUAAAUUUUCAUUUAUAUAAAU